CUGCACUACGUGGAGUUUUUAAUUACGUUUUCUUUUUGUUGGAUAAAGCAAAGUCACGUGACGAACCCAGAAUGACGUCAUGAAGAAAUUGAAACUUAAGGGAGGUCUGAAUUGACGCAACGCACGGGUGUUACCCAACAACACGAGACUUAUUAUUUUGAGAGUAUUGUGAGCUUUUACUUUGUUCUUAAGGGGUCAUGUAACGUUAUGGGUUUUGAGUUGGUAUUCCGGCUGCUUUUUAUUUAAGAUGGAAACUAGGAACUAUCUUUCUGAACUAAAUGAGUACGCAAAGGCAACGCGCGCUCCGCUGAAGUUUGAAGGAUUUGCCGCCGGCCCUGGUUAUGAUCUAACACAUACCCAGUGGGUAGUCUUUAAUGGUAAAGUCUAUCCCAAUGGUGUGGGCAAGAACAAGAAGGAGGCCAAGCACAAUGCCGCUAAAAAUGCCCUAGAAUACUUGUUGGAGAACCGAGAUCAGAACACGGAUGCAGAGGAGAAACACUGUUCAUCAGGUCAACAGAAAGAUAAAAUAGAUCAGACAGUGUGGGAUAUCAGCAAUCGGUUCAGACGCCUCAGUGGCAACUUGCAUGCCAACAAAGACAGACGAAGGGAAGGAGAGGCGGAUUUCAUAUCAAUGAUUGCCCAGUACUGUCAGAAAACCAACCGCUGCCAUUCAUACAUUGAAGAGAGGAGACGCUUUCUAGAUCGUCGGCAUCAAUUUUUCUACAAAUUAAUGAUAGACAAAAGGUUGUACCCUGAAGGGGAGGGUGGGACUGUAAAGGAAGCCAAACGAAAUGCAGCUCGGCUGGCCUGGUCUGCUCUCCAAGAACAGUCGGACUGGGACAGCAAGGUGUCUAUCAACUCAACAGCAGAAGAUUGUCCUUCACCCGUGUUGCUUAGUCGAUCAACUACACAGGAGUCCCUCGAAUCGUCAGCAGAGAGCAGGCCAAUGGGCACAGGAAGCCCAAUAACGUCAAACCCUUCCAGGGCUCAGAUUCCCUUAACGUCAGCUGCUUCUGGACACGCUGUCUUUGACAGGUUGUCAGCAACAAGUUCACUAGAGUCUCUUGCAUCGUCUCAAAGCCAGUCAACGGGCACAAGUGGCUCAGUAAUAUUCACAGAUUCAUCAAACUCUUCCAGGGAUCAGGAUGCUGUCAAAGUCCAGAUUUCUGGAAAUAGUCAGAAAGAGACAUCCAUCCCGUCCAGGUUCACGUCGGAGUUUGAUCCCAUGGAGCUUCUUGGCAGAGGAGCGUUUGGUCGUGUUUACAAAGCAAAACAUAAAAUGCUGAAUAACGUGUAUUAUGCUGUAAAGGUUGUCCGCUGUGAAGAGAAAUCUCUUCGAGAAAUGGGGACGUUAUCAGAACUCCUCCACCCUAAUAUCGUCAGAUACUACACAUUUUGGGUGGAGGAUUCAGGAUACAGGAAUCCUGAAUUAGCUGACGGUGCAGCUGACAGUUCAGAUACUUACGGCUCCUCCCAGACGUCGAGUAAUUCAUCUGCAAAGUACUUCUAUAUUCAGAUGGAGUUAUGUGAUACCAAAACACUAAAGCAUUGGAUUGUUGAGAAGAACAAGGAGUCUCUGCAAGACUCCAAGCGAAGAGAAGAAGGUCACAGCAUCACUGAGCAAAUAGUUAGUGCAGUCGAAUACAUCCACUCCAAGAGGCACGUCCACAGGGACCUUAAGCCUGAAAACAUCUUGUUUGGACUUGAUGGAAAAGCGAAGAUUGGAGACUUUGGUCUGGUCACCCAAGAUGAUGAUGGUGAUGACAAUGCCCUGAUGGAGAGAUCACGGGAAAGAGGAACGCACAGUUACAUGGCUCCUGAACAAAGAGAGAAGAAAUAUGACCGAAAAGUGGACAUAUUUGCUUUGGGCUUGAUUUACUUUGAAAUCCUCUGGAAACUCUCUACUGGCCACGAAAGAGCAGAGGUUUGGAAUGAUGCCAGAAGUCAGAAGCUCCCUGAAAUGUUUUCACAGACUUUUCCCCUAGAGAACCAAAUCAUCAAGUCGAUGCUGCAUCAGAAGCCUGAAGACCGACCCGAAGCAAGUGAACUGAAGGCAAAAAUGGAGAUCUGUGCUCAGAUAUAUAACACACAAAAUGUACAUCUGGCAAAUGCUACGGCCUGAUUAUCACAAGGAAUUGUGAUACGUUUUUAGCAGCAAAUAUAAAUGUAUCUGUUUUAUUGCCACCAAUAUUAGGUUCUCGUACUGCGCACACAGCUCUUCACAAGCUCACAUCCUUACUCCCUCAAACGCACAACCAUGGCAACGGUUAGCAGUCUGGAACUCAAGGACACGUCAACUUGAGGACAGGAGAUGAAAUUAUUAACAAUUCAAACUAUGAACACACUAGAAAGCAAGUUUUAAUGAAUCAUGAAAUCAGGUUCAUUGUGAUUUCAGAACAUGACCUUUACUCAAUAAUCGUGUGCCGGGGAUUUCUGUGUCUGCAGUUGACAUUUUAUUAUAAAGUCAAAAUGGUUAAAGUGAUGUCACAUAGUGUCCCAUUGCAGCCUUGGUUUGGAAUGUGCUUGUUCAUAAUGGUUAGCCUGGAUGUACGUACUAUAUUUUAUAUUUAGACAGUACUGUACAAAAACCUUUGGAUGAGCAUUGUCUCUCGCGGCAGGGGCUUCUCAUUUGGUUUGGUUUGUUGAGGUUUUGCAUCCAUUUAUCAUAACAAUAUUGUCAAUAUUUUAUUAGUUCCAACAAUAUUCUUUUACAGAAUUUUGAGAUAUAUUGAUGAGUUGGGUAUUGGUGGCUCAUUGAUGCUCAACUCAAAAAAAUAAAUAACAUAAAAAUAAAACCUGUAUAAAUGUC